CUUUAAUGUCUGCCCACUGCUAGGCAACUGCAGAAACAGGCGGUGGCCAUUCCCACUGCAACACGCGACUAGUGUGACAUUGUUUACUAUUUGGACGUGGUGGAACGUCCACACCCCAGCCUUUAUGCGGAUUGAUUUACGCUUAUCAAACAAUGCCAUCAACAGCAUCUGUUCUCUCACCAGAGGUAGAAAAUUCGCCCAGAAGAUGAUCACUAUAGAAAAGAUGUUAAAGCACUGUAUGGUACAUUCGAAUUCCCAAGGUGCUCCCAGACGUAAGGCCAUUCUCUUCAAGGCAACGAAACCAUCAGGAUCGGACGAACGCGCAACGACGAUGGCUUCUACCAGAGGUGUUAGAAAUCAAAUCUUCGCUACCGGUGUUAAGUCUCGCGAAGCAAAGCUGGGCAUCUUUAUCGGUGUAUUUCUAAUGUUCAUCAAUCAAUUCUGUGGUAUAUUUGCGAUCCUCACAUACGCUGCCACGAUCUUUGCGGGCGUCGGCUCCACACUGAGUCCCAAUACAUCCGCCAUCAUCAUGGGUACGAUCCAAAUUGUUGGAACGCUCUCGUCGUUCGUGUUUGUUGAUCUGGCCGGCCGGAAAGUCUUGCUGAUCAUUUCCACCUUCGGUACAGGGCUAGGGCUUUUCGUACUGGCAGUGUUUAACUGGCUCACUGUGAAUAUGUUGACUCACUGGAUACAGGAUUACAGCUGGUUCCCCAUCGUGAGCCUUUCCGCCACGGUGUAUCUCUUUUCCAUUGGAUUGUGUAGCAUUCCUUUCUUCGUGUUACCAGAAUUAUUACCCCUAAAGAUAUGCAAUGCCGGAAACACAUUAAGCAUGGUUUCGAUCACAAUAUUUGCGUUCAUCAGUCUUAAGAUAUUUCCCAUCAUGGUAGAGGUCAUAAACAUCUACGGUGUACUAGGGCUAUACGCAGGGAUAUCUUUCGCUGGCGUGGCUGUAAUUACAUUCAUUGUUCCGGAGACGAAGGGAAAAAAUCUCAUAUCACCUCAAAGCGUGUGAUGUGGAAUGGGUCUCAAGAUUGUUUGUGAUAAUUGAAUUCCAGAAUAAGUCACUGGAAAGCAUCUCUCGAGAAAACAAAUAAAUAAAAUAGGUGAUACACACA